AUGACAGUAUCUUCUCAAGUUCGGAGAGUCAGCUCCAGUGUUCUAGCACGGACUGUCUUCCCGUUCCCUAAUAAACUUCCCAAGGAUGUCACUCUUCGAGACUACCAGGAAGAUGCGGUCAAAAGUGUGCUUGUCGCAGCAGAAAGAAACAUCAAAAGACCAGCUGUGGUUCUAGCCACAGGCGGAGGUAAGACAAUAGUGAUGUCUGCUCUUAUUCCACAGCUUCAGCCUUUGAAGAAAACCAGAACGAAGACGUUGGUGCUAGCGCAUAAGGAAGAAUUGGUCAAACAAGCGUGUGCGACCAUCUCCAGACUCAAUCCCGACUUGAAUGUUCAGAUCGAUAUGCUGAAAAGCAAGCCCAACGCCAGCGCAGAUGUGAUAGUGGGAUCAGUUCCUACUCUUGUCCGAAUGACACGCCUUGAAAUGUACGAUCCCCUGGAGUAUAAGAUGAUAGUCCUCGACGAAUGUCACCAUGCCACUGCUGGCUCGUGGAUGAAGAUCCUCAACUACUUUGGGGCCCUUGAAAAGGAUCUGAGUAUCUAUGUGGUGGGAUUUACGGCAACUAUGGAAAGAGCUGAUGGAGAUAAGCUCGGGAAAGUGUUCGAGGAAAUCGUGUUUGAAAGAAGUCUUUUAGAGAUGGUGGAGAAGAAAGAACUCUGCGAUGUCAAGUUUUCUACCAUCGAUACCGACAUAGAUUUGACAGAUGUCUCCACACGUAUCGGAGACUAUGUGACCAAACGUCUAGCUGUGGCGGUCAACCAAAAAGAUAUUAACUGGCAAAUAGCCAAGGGUUAUCUUCAGCUACGUAAGAAGUUCAACUUUAAGUCCACAUUGGUGUUCUGUGUUGACAUCGAACACUGCAAGACUUUGUGUGGAGUCUUUCAGGAAAAUGGCAUCAAUGCCCAAUACGUUACUGGAGAAACCGUUAAACACGAGCGACUGGCGAUCCUUCAGGAUUUCAAAGAUGGGAAGAUUCAGGUUCUCUGCAAUGUUCUCGUGUUCACUGAGGGAACAGAUAUUCCUAACAUUGACUCAAUGAUUCUUGCCCGACCCACCAAGUCACGGCCGUUGUUGAUUCAGAUGAUAGGUAGGGGACUUCGUCUUCACCAUGGCAAGGACUAUUGUCAUAUUAUUGAUAUGGUGGGGGCUGGAGAUCUCGGAUACCUGUCUGUUCCAACACUUCUUGGAAUGCCCGGCAAGUCUGAAGAACUAGAAGAUAAGUCUUUGCUUGAAGUAGAGGCGGAAAAGGCCAAGAUGAAUGCCAUGAAAGCGCAAAUGCAAGCUAAUGAGAGAGAGAAGGAGGUGCAGAGAAUUCUACGAAUUCAGAAACGUAUUGAAAGUAUAGAGCUUCAGUUUACUACCGUGGAUGGAUUUUCCAGCUUUCAACAAGGAACGAUGGAGCAAUUCAAUGAUAUGGAAAUGGUUCUCAAGAAGUUUCGCGAAAGUCUGGUGUUCUGGGUUCGUCUUGAGUACAACAAAUGGGGUGCUCCAUCAGGCCAAAAGGACAGCACGUACUACACCAUUGAACGGAAACAGGGGGUCUUUGAUGAUGAAACCGCCAGUGAUUUGCAUUUUGAACUUGUGCGACACAUCCCAACUCCAAUGCAAAUGCUUCUCGCGAGCAAAUUCAAAUGUGCUCGUUCCAGGGAGUUUUCGCUUCUGAUGGGAGGGUUGCCCGCUGUUCUAGCCAUGGCUGAACAUGCCUUGCACCAGGGAUUUAAGUACAAGCCCGCAGAAAAUUCUCUAGCCACCUCUCGACAGCAGGCAACAUUGGUUCGUGGACUCAAGUCAAAGGUCAGUCAGGUCUAUGGGGUCAAAGAGAGUGACCAACUUGCAGAACACAUCUCCAAGUUCACGCUACAGGAAGCAUCUAACUUGAUUUUUGCCAUGAAAUUUUCUGUGAAUAGUCUUUGGGUCAAAUGGGCCUUGAGCAAGAUGUAUGGACCACCACCUAAAUACCAGGCUCGGGUGGACCGACAGAUCCAGAAACUAAAACAGGAGUUGGAAGGAUUGAGCUUAGAGGAUCAGAAUGAUGACCAAAAUGAGAAGAAUAAUAAUUCAAGUGAAGAAAAAUUAAUCCAGAGUGAUCAGUCUCGCGACUCCAAACCUUUACUUACCGAUUCUCAACCAUUCGCAGCCUAG